AAAAUUUUUUUUACACAAAAAACGGGUUCUGUUGUUUGCAAAAUCAUCCAUAUCAAAAAAUUAUGGUAAACAUUACAUAGCAAUUUUAUAAAUAUAUUAAUAAAAUAACGGCCGUACGAUUUUCGUCGAUUUUGAAAGGAAAGAAAAUGUAAAUACGCUUUAGAAAUAAUUACAAAAUUGCGUCCAUAACGCUUAGAUGAUGAAAUUGUAAAAAUGUAAUAAAACAUGUUCAGAUUUACUUUUUUUACUCAGGAUUCAUCUUCCGUUGGAAGGAAUCACGUGAAAAAAUAAUUUAUGAACACAUAUGUUUUACAAAGGAGUACCCAUUAAAAUGUGAAAUAUCACUUUUACUAGAACGUUUCGUAACACAAUGAGAUUGUUUGUUUGUCGUUUCUUUGUACUUACAUCCGGUUAUGUAACAUCUAAACUGAAGGAUUUUUCCUGGCUUUAAAUUUCAUUGUAGCUAAUUAGUUGAAAAAGACGCAAGUUAGUUUCCAACGUCCGCGUCAUUCGGAAAGUGCUGUUGUGUAUAACGUUUCGAAUGUGAUGUUCUAUGAGUCGGGGUUGAAGUCAGAUUUAUUAAUUUAUCAAACCUUACGCAGUGAAUUUCACCAUUCUCAUGUUAUUCAUAUCAACAGAAGUUAAAAAAAUUGCCAUUUUUACAUUAGCCACAUGCAAUUUAAUCGUGAAUGUGCAAUGCAAAAUACGCGACGAGAAAAUCAUCGGCGGACGAAAGGCCUACAAGACAGAAGGUUUGUUCAUGGCGAGUUUUCAACAAGCUGUAGACGGUAAACAUAUAUGCGGUGCUACGUUGUACUCGCCAUCAUAUCUUCUCACAUCUUGUAAGUGUAUUUCCGAGAAGGUUAAUAGUACAGAGCAACGUGUAGCUCCACUUCCUCCUUAUCAGUAUCAGGUGUCCGCAGGCAGCAAGUACAACUUUCCGAAAGAGGAUGGCUACGUAACCGCCAAAGUGGAAGCUUUAUACCAGCACCCCGAAUGCCGAAUAGACCCCGAAUCUUGGAUUUGGAUUAACAACCUGGGCAUCAUCUACGUCGAGAAACCGUUUGAAGAAGGGCAAUCCAUCAAAUUUAUCUCUUUCCCUUCCACACAAUCGGAUUACACAAGAGCCCGGUUUGAUAUAUUCCAAGACCAGUCAUACAGGUAUAAUGGCAACAAAAUGUGUGACGUCUUCGGCUGGGGUUGCAUCCGUUACAACAAGAAAGAUGGCUGCUUCGGAGACAAGAUCCCGCUCCGUUUGAGGAAACUGCAGUUGAUAACGCCGGAAGAUUGUCAAGAAAACUUGUGUCAGGUGAACGGCAAGAUUUGUAAAUUUUGGCCUUAUCAAAAUAACGCAUUUUGCGCUUACGUACAUAUUGGCUUCGGGUCUUUGUGUCGAGGCGAUGGCGGCUCCCCUUUCGUCUGCAACAACGUCAUGCUUGGAGUAGCGUCAUGGAACUACAACUGCAGUAGAAAAAUCCUCGUGAAUAUCGUCAAUGAAUUGGAUUUAAAUUUUAUGAAACUAGAUAAAUCACGUGCGUCUUGUGUAUGUCCUAUAUUUGGUUUAUUUUUCACUGUACUGGUUUUAAGUCAUAUCAUUAAAUUCUAACU